AAAGAACCAUCAGUAGCAAACGAGGAUUCGAAUCACGGUAUGUUGAGUGGUAAUGGACCACGCAAACUGAAAAUCUAUCGCACAUUCAAGGGUCCCGAUGGAGUGGAAUCGACACGGGUUGAAGUGAUCACAAGACCGCAGUUAAUCGAAGCAUACGUUCGUAUUCGAACCACUCGUGAUAACACAUUCAUACAGGUUUAUGCACAAAUGGAUGAGCAGUAUAAAGAGGAAAGACGGAAGGAGAAAAGGCGAUUACAAGAUCAACUGCGAAGGAUUCGUCGCAAUGAACUGAAAGCAAAACUCCAUGGUGUGCCCAUUGGACAACCAAUCAACCGGGCGAAACCGGCGGCUGAGAAGAAACCAGUGCCGAUAAAGCCGAAUUUGCUGAAGAUGCGUUGUAGCGCAUGUCAUGGAACGGGUCAUAUGAAAACCAAUAAGAAUUGUCCUCUGUACGGUAAAGACUCAUCCAAGACACCAGCAAAGACCGUCGCCGAUAUACAUCCGGUUCGUUUUUUGUGUUUUGGAUUUUAA